AUGGUGCUUUUAAAAACUGUGCUCGUAGUUAUGGUGUGCCUUCAGUUUUGCGAAACGAAAAAAGUGCACGAUGUUCUUAAAAAGGUCGUCAAGCGGUAUCGUAUCAAUAAUCCGUAUUUGUCGAGAAUUUUGCUGAAACAAGAAAAAAUUCGCCGAGAUUGGCUUAACCAACCCACCGAAGUAUUCAACAAAAUCUAACAAGAGACCGCUGAAAAACUGGCGAUCGCCUUCCGCUGGCAAUCCUCCGACAUGAACGAUUUAUGGCAGCUUGACGAGCGUGAAAUAAUGUCGCUCCAGGACCCGAAUAUGAUCGCCGACAUUUGUGGAGGAGUUCAGCUGAAUCAGUAACAUUUCAACACGUUCCUAGCAAAGCAGCGGCGAUCCAUUUCAAGUAUUGAGCGGGAGGCUCCAUAUUUUGUUAGUGUUGCGAAGGACACACCAAAGGACGUACUUCAGAUGUCGGUGAAGUUUGAGCAAAGAUCGAGAUGGAGUUACAAAUUUAAUAUUGUGUACAAUGUUACAAUGAAGUUGCAGUACCCCAAAAAAAUUGCCUACAGCUACUAUACCAUAACGAACGUGUCGAUGAAUGGCGGUUGUCCGGAUUAUGGAAUAAGCAACGGUGAAAUGAUGAAUAUGAACAAGGACGCGAUGGAGCAGUUGAAGAAUAAUAGUAAUCAGGAAGUGAAUAACCUAUUUCAACUUUUUAUUCCGGAGGCCGUGAAGUUCGUGAGCGAGGAUAAGAAGGGUCUUCCACAAGGCUGGCUGCUUGGGUUGGACAAGGGCAAGGACGUGAAUUUUCUGGUACAUGCGACAGAUACUGAUUUUCCAGUAAGAUAUGAUACAGACCAAUUCAUGUCCUGGUACAAGAUGUUUGGCGUUAUGUGGCACCCGAAACAAGGAGACAAGAACUAUAUCAAGUUGCAUAUGAUACAGGUGGAUCCGGCGAAGCUGAUUGGUAGAGUCACGAUGAAGCUGCAAAUUGGCAGAGAAGACAAUGUACGAGUGGAAUAUGAAGAUUUUUUCGAAAUUCGCAAGUUUUAUAACGCUCACGGAGAUCAGAAAUGGUACAUAACUACUGUUGAGGUGUUGUACCCACCUAAUCUCGUCACAAAUCUUAAGGAUCUUCACCUUAGAGUGAUUGCCGACGUGGCGAUGAGUCGGUUCGAAGCUCGGCUCACUGAUCAGGAGCACUGGUACUCAGCCGUAGGAUUUCUACAAGAACUCACACAGUACAGGAAUCAAACUCUGGAGUAUGAGAGUUGUGGUACAAAUACUACAAUUAUAGCGGAACUCGAGAAAACCCUCUGGGCGAAGGGAAUGCAGUACAAGGCAGUGAUGAGCGGGUAUUGGAAAUACGAACCCCUUCCAGCGCCGGCAACCGACGUUACUUAUUUCAAACUACGCAUGAAGAUGACCGGAGUUGUCGAUAGGCCCACGCCAUACUUUUUGGCUUCAGAUUGGACGUUUCAUUUGGAAUGGCACCCGAUGGACCAGUUCUACUACCUGAAGAGAGUGGAAAUGUCACGUGCUGGAUGGGCGGGCAACUGA